AUGAGUAAUGCUUUCAAUUAGCAAAAUGAUAUUUCACUUAAAUAGGUUGGUACCACCAAAAAAAUAAAGAAAUUGAAGUCGAAAACAAAAAAUAAGAAAUUAGCUAAUGAUUAGAAAAUAUCUCAUUUAUCCAAAGAUGAAGCUAAAUAUAUUUUUGAGUUCACUAGCUCUUAAGACAUAUAAAAAAAGCAAUAAAAACAAAAAUAGAAAUCAGAUAUAUAGAGUCUUCGUAUAAUGGGCUAUUUGGAUAGAGAUGUAUUUAGUAAUUUUUUCAAAAUUAUUACAAUACAACAAUAAAAACAUGAAUUGAUUGUAAAAUGUCUGCCUUUUAAUGAAACAAAUUUGUUUGAUAUCAAGAGAGACUUUCCAUUUUAUAUAAAUUUAGAUUAGGCAUCGACUAAUAUAAAUAGUUAUGAUUCACAAAGAACUUUAGAAUUAAUAAAAUAGAAGGAAGUUCCUUAAGAAAAAUUUGAAUUCAUUAUAAAUCCUAACCAAGAUAUUAUUGGUUGUAAUCGAAUAGUCAAUAAAUCCUGGCUGAAGAUGUUUGGUAUCAAUCAAGACAUGAUAAUUCAUAAUCUACUUAGAAAUCAGUCAUUUCCAUUUGGAUGGGACUUGGAAAAUUAAUUUAUAUAAAACUAGAUUUCUAAUACUUUUUCUAAUUAAAAGUUGAUAGUUAAGUUGGUCUGUUAUAAUGGUUUGAAAUUCAAUGCCCAAAUGUUAGUGAGAGCAGAGAUUGAAACUAACUCAAAAAAUCAAUUUAUAUAAAGAUAUACAAUUUAGUAUAUAAUAAGCAGAGAGCAAUUGAGCCUUUCAAAAAUUGAAUAAAAUUUUAGAUAAUACUUUGACUUGAAAGAUCUUUCAUAAGAGUUGAGAGGGAAAUUUAUUGAAAAAACUAAUAAAUAUUGCCAAAUAAAGAGAUUAUGA